AUGGAGGGGUCGUUCGAGUCGUACAAGGAGAAGGUGCUGCUGGGCGACGUGGCGUGGGACACGUACGUGACGGCGAAGCUGAUCACGGGCACGGACUUUCAGCUGCUGCGCCGCUACGACCACCGCUCCAAGGAGGUCCAGGCCGCGCUGCUCGAAGAGAACGGCGUCGGAUACGUGCGCACGUUUAUAUCCGUAUUGAAGAAUGUCUUUAAAGAGGAGACCGUGGAGUACACCAUCGCCCUCAUCGACGAGCUUUUAACAAGGGACAAGAAGAGGGCGCGCUUGUUCCACGACCCAUCCAUAACGGACGAUGUCUAUGCGCCCUUCAUCAGACUGCUGGGGCACACCAACUGGUUCGUGCUGGAGGCCACGUCGCGGAUUCUGCCCCUCAUCAUCGUCUCUCGCCCCCACAGCUCGUCUGCGCCGGCAGCACCAGCAGCGGCAGGGGAAGGGACGCCCGCGUCCCCCCCGGCAGGCGACAUAGACUACGUGCUUGAGCCCUUCAUUGCCUUUCUCUGCCACCAGCUGACUCGCCCGGUGCACCCGGUGCGGGCAGUACCAGCAGCCAUAACAGCGCUCGCCACCACGCUGAGGGACGUGUCGGCUCGCUCCAUCUUUGCCAAGGCUGAUGGCGUGCGCCUGCUGCUGCCCUACAUUGCCCCUGUGGCUGGACAGAACCAGAUGCAGCUGCUGUACGAGGCGGUGCUGUGCCUCUGGCUGCUCUCCUUCCACGAGCCUUCCUUGGAGGCCAUUCGCCAGGCGCGCAUUCUGCCGCGCCUCAUUGACGUUGCCAAGAGCUCCGCUAAAGAAAAGAUAGUGCGGGUGGCAGUGCUCACUCUGAGCAACCUGAUGACGCGCGGGCACCUGGGGGCGUCAAUGGUGGAGCUGGGGCUGCCCAAGAUAGUGCGCGUGGCGGUGCUGACUCUGAGCAAUCUGAUGACCCGCGGGCACCUGGGGGCGUCCAUGGUGGAGCUGGGGCUGCCCAAGGUCGUGCAGAGCCUCAAGCUGCACGCGUGGCAUGAUGAGGACCUGAAGGAGGCACUAGAGGCGCUGGACGUGGGGCUGAGGCACAACCUGCGCGUGAUGAGCUCGUUUGACAAGUACCGCCAGGAGGUGCUGUCGGGCUCGCUCGACUGGACGCCCAUGCACAAGGACGCGGCCUUCUGGCGCGAGAAUGUCAUGCACUUUGAGGAUAAUGAUUUCCAGGUGCUGCGAGCGCUGGUGGCCUUAUUGGACUCGAGCCACGAAGCAAAGACCCUAGCAGUGGCGUGUCACGACCUGGGCCAGUUCAUCACAUAUCACCCGGCGGGGCGGGGAGUGGCGCAUGACAUGAAGGGCAAGGAGCGAGUGCUGCGCCUGCUGGACUAUGCUGACCCGGAGGUGCGCAAGCAGGCCCUGCUGGCUGUGCAGAAGCUGCUGCUGUCCGCCAAGUAUGUCUCGUACCUGCAGUGA